AUGCAGUCCAUUCCCAUUCUCCUUUUUAUCACUGAAUUUUGCAAUGAGCUGAAUAAUUCAGAACACCAUGGUGUUCAAUUAACUGCUGAUUUAAUUGAAUUAUUCUGUCUUAUAUUUGCUGAUGACAUUGCAAUUGUAUCAGAUUCAGUUGUCGGGCUCCAGAGGUUACUAGAUAAAUUGGAAUUGUAUUGUGGGCGCUGGAGUCUUGCUAUUGUCACACAUAACCAGUCUGCCUUGUGGACCGAUGGUAGAUACUAUCUGCAAGCUGAACAACAACUCGAUUGUAAUUGGAUACUCAUGAAAUCAAGUGAGGCGGAAACACAAAAGCCAUGGGACUGGCUGAUAGACGUCUUACCGUCCGGAACAAUACAGGAGCCUAUCCUAGUUGCCUUUGAUCCAACGCUAAUUUCAAUUAGCGCCUAUAACAAAUACAAUAAAGCGUUUAAAUCGACACAGUCCGCUGGAGUGUACAUAGAGAUGUAUUCUCAUGAACAGAAUCUCAUUGAUAUAAUAUGGAAUGAUCGGCCAGAUUGUCCGAAUGAACCUCUGUUUGCUUUGGAUAUUAAAUGGACAGGUGAAGAAUGGUACGACAAAGUCAUAGAUCACAGAGAAGAAAUGAAGAAGGUAGGAGCUGAUAUAAUGGUGUUGCACGCUCUGGACGACACAGCAUGGUUUUUCAACCUACGGGGCAUGGACAUACCAUAUAACCCAGUAUUCUUUGGCUAUACCAUAAUAGAAAUGGAGAAAACCACCUUGUUUGUUAAAAAUGUGGAAAAGCUAAUUGUGGACGAUAUCCAUAGUCAUCUAUUGCAAGACAAGAAUGAUCAGAGUGCAGGCUGUGCUAAUAUUGACAACAAUCACAAAUGUCUGCAUAUUCUGGAAUAUGAUAUCUUUCUACCAACGCUGAAUAAUAAGUCUAACGAAAGUGACUUCACGAAAGUUUGGAUAAGUACGACAGCUAGUUAUGGUAUCUACGGAAAUGUUCCCACGAUGAGACAAUAUUCGGCAGCAGUUCCAACCCAACUCAUGAAAGCCCAAAAGAAUAAAAAUGAAAUCGAAGGAAUGCGUGAAGGCAACAUCCAAGACGCUGUGGCCAUGAUUGAGUGGAUGCAUUGGAUGGAAGGCGCUGUUGUAAACGCUGCUGGUGAUAUUGACAAGUUAAGCGAGAUCUCCGCUGAUAAGAAAGUACAAGAAUUCAGAAGGAAACAGCCAGACUUUGUUAUGCCAAGUUUCGGUGCAAUUUCUGCAUUUGGGCCUAAUGGUGCCGUGAUUCAUUACUCAUCAACCCCGGACACUAAUGUAGCCAUCACUGACAAUAACAUGUACUUGCUGGAUUCUGGUGGCCAAUACAGAUGUGGUGCCACAACUGACAUCACGCGAACAAUGCAUUACGGAGAACCAGAAGCCCGUCACAGGGAAGCCUACACACGUGUUCUACAAGGUGCCAUUGAUCUCUCGAGAAGCAUCUUCCCAGAAGGCACCUGGGGUCGUGAUGUGGACAUACAUGCACGUCAACAGUUAUGGAAUAACGGAUGGAACUAUAAACAUGGAACAGGUCACGGUAUUGGUGCAAUGCUUAAUGUCCAUGAAGGGCCUCAACGAAUUGCCUACGGUUAUCGCGCGGGUGAAGCUGCAUUGAGUCCUGGCAUGUUCACUUCUGACGAACCGGGCUACUACGAAGACCAUGACUAUGGUGUUCGGAUAGAAACAGUGUUUAUGACAACAGAAGCAGAAACACCGAAUAAUUUUGAUGGAAAACAAUAUUACACUUUUGAAGAAGUAUCAUUCGUUCCUUACGAACCAAAAUUGAUAAAAUAUGAAAUGAUGACUCGACAACAG